AUGGCGUCCGAAACUGUCCUGGAGGAGCUAGAGGUCCUGGAGUCCAUCUAUCCAACAGAGCUGCAUCGAAAAUCGGAUACGGAUAUUGAAAUUGAAGCAGAGCAGGACGAGGAGUUGGAGGGUAUCCCAAACAUAAAGCUUCUCCUCGCUGUCCAUUACCCGAGUGCUUAUCCCGAUGUUCUACCCGAGCUCAAGCUAUCAGCGGUGGAGGGAGAGAUAAGUGAAAAGGAGAUCGAAGCCUUGAUGAAGGACCUACACGCAAUAGGAGAAGAGAACCUCGGGAUGGCUAUGACGUUCACUCUGGUCUCUCAUUUGCGGGAGCAGCUCACAAAUCUUGCCCGAUCCAACAAGGCCGAGAAAGCAAGGCUGGAAGCGGAGAUGGAGCGUUUAGCACUAGAGGAAGAGGAAGCCCGAACUCGUGGUACUCCCGUGACUGUGGAUUCUUUCAAGGCAUGGAAGGCCAAGUUCGACAAAGAAAUUGCCGCGGCCAAGGCCAGAGAAGAGGAAGAAAAGCUCAAGGGCCUCACCCCAAAAGAGCGAGAAGAGUACAAACGUGCUCAACUUCGAUUGACAGGUCGUCAAUUAUUCGAGCGCAACAGAAACCUCGACGAGAGAGACGAAGGCUUGAUCGAAGAAGGCACCACCUCCGUUGACAUCAGCCAAUACGACAGGACACAGGAGGACGAAGAACAAGAAGAAGGCUUGACAUUUAGCGACAGCGAUUGA